UCGCUUAACUCGAGACUCCCUACCUCUGCAGAAAUAUUUAACGUGGGCGACACCACCCUGAUAAAUGGAGGCAAAGGAUGGGAGAAGGCUGCUGAUCCGCACUACAGUCAAACAAACCAGCGGGAUGGAGGAAGACUAUGUGCAGAACGCUUUGCUUCAGCUUCUCCGACAGGAACAAUUGAGAUCUAUCCGGAUGUCCCGCUGUGUGGUCCUGACUCUUCUUCUGGUUUUAGCGGGUUUGGCUCUCCUGACCGCGGCUCAGCUCCGAGGACGAGGUCAUCCAGCGGGCACAGAGGACACGAUGCAGCCUUACAGCCAUUCAGCAGGUAAAUCUUGCCUCAUCGAGCAACCGAGAUCCUUCAACAGUCCAAGUGCCAUGCUGACCGCUCCCAGAGGUUGCCAAAGUGAUCUAGGACUUCUUGAAUGGGAGAGUGAAGAUGGAAAUGCUUACUGUCACGGAGGAUUCAGCUACUCCAGCGGGAGCCUGGUGGUGCCCAUACAAGGCAUCUACAGAGUCUUUCUGCAGAUCACCUUUGAGAGUGGGAGAGAGACGUGUCGGGAUUGGCUGAAACUCACCAACAUAGUGUUUGUGUCCCGGGACAGUUAUGUUAAAAAUGUGUCUCUCCUUUCAUCAGUCGACACGGUGAUUUGCAGCAAGGAACCGUGGUCUAAAUCUCUUUAUACAGCCGGCCUGUUUUCACUUGAAGCUAACAGCAGGCUAAUUGUGAAAUCCUCAAAUCCUGGAUUUAUCGCCAAGAGAGAAGAACAGGUGUUCUUCGGUGCUGAAUUUGUGCCUUAAUAAUCAGUCUGGAUGACUGGAAUAUAAUCUGCUAAAUCAGAGUUUCCUUUUUUGGGGUUAUUUGCACCUUUAACUCAUAGGAAACUUAAAGGUGCGGUUAAGUUUUACUUUUACUUUUACUGUUCAUGAAAAGGCUGAAAGCUACUAAAAAACUUGUGAGCUACAAGUAUCUGCACAACUGCAGGAUCCCUUUCUCUCAGUGAAGUUAUAAACUGCAUAAUUCACCCCUCCCAAAGACACCCUGCCGCCUUUACAUCGAUUUAGUGUUUCCUACCAAAAUGAAUUUGGCUGAGUAGACUAAAUCAACUGAGGUAAAUUCCCUUUAGGUCGGUGUUUGACCAAAGUAGGCAACGUGAAAACUUCCCCCCUAGGCUCUAAAAAUAGUGAAAAA